ACACACUCUAAAAUCAUCACUCCAAAGCAAAGUGAUGUUGGGCGAUUGGCUGAUCACCUGACUAAUGCUAAAGUGGCUCUGUACACCCCAUAGGGUUUGCUAGCAGUGCAUAAGGCCCGAUCUCCAUCUGCACAAAAGCAAUCGAUAUUUUUCUCCAAACACUGCUUUUCUAUCAAUCUCUGAGUUCAAGGGCGACAAAAAAAUUUCAAUGAGCACGGCUACUCCACCGAAGACUUGUCCUUCUCAAUUGGUCGUUUUAAACAAAGCAUUCAAAUUGGCUGAGCAAUGGGUUAAGAAUAUGUCCACACCUUUAGAGGAUGAACCAACUGAAGUUAAGUUAGAAGCCCGACCUUCUAGGCUUGGACUGGGUGCUAAAGUUUCACGUCAAUCCAAAAUUGGGCCUUCAAAUGAUCCCAUUGAAAGAAAAUUAUAUGCUAAGUUGGAUGCUGGGAAAAGAAAAUCUUCCAAAAGUAGCAAGGAGUCUACUCUAUCUGCAAGAAAUGGAAGUGACAAUAGUGAUGAUAGUGAUGAGGAUCUAGAGAGCAGAACCAAAUCAUUUAGCAAGAAGCGAGUAGUUCCUCCAACCUCAUCUCUACAGAGAAACAAGAAAUCAAAGUAACUUGCCACCUUACGAAAUAGUAUUUACUAUUUUUCUCAAGCAGUCCUUUUUCUUGCUUAUGCUUCUUUUACAAUAGAGAAAUCUAAAAUGCUUAGUCUGAAAAUUAUCUGUUUUGACAAUUAUUUGAAUGGAAAAUAUUUAUGAGGAAUGUUAUAUUUUGUUUGCAGAAGUUGCAUAAUCUCAGUUGAUGAGCUUUCUUCUGUUAGUUUGUAAUUCUUUGUAAUUUUCUUACUAUAUUCUACGAAUAUUGCAAGUAUAUGAAUCGUUGAAUUUGCUUUUGUAGAUUCUUGAUAUAUGCCUAAACAUCAUUCUAUUCGAA